UGUACGACUGACUAUACCAGACUAAAUUUUAUUUUCUUUUACUUUAGAUUGAAUGCCAAUUAUGAAUAUUAUUUUUGCUUUUUUAAAUAAUUAAUCACACCUGGUUAAUGUUCCUAAACAUUAUUAAUAAAAACUGUUGAAGUUAUAGUAGAGAAGUAAAAUAUUAUUUACUUAACGAUGAAAGAGGUUUAUGAGUGGUUAACAAAACCACCAAAAUAUACAAUUUUCAGGGUAAAUAAAUUAAAACAAUUCAACUGUGAAGAACUGAAAAAGAUUUUUAUAACUCAAAGUAAAAAAUUAAACAUCAAUGAAAUCCCUAAUAUCUAUUUCCUAAAACCUGACUGUCUGAUAAUUGAGCAGUGGUCUAGUGAUAUACAAUUUGAGAAUGCAGAGAAAGAAAUUAUUGUAGAUGUCUCAUGUGCAGCUGCAGUUUUGAGAGGUGCACAUGUUUUUGCACCUGGUGUUAUGGGUCUUCCUGCAAAUCUCCAGUUGGGUGAAAGAGUAGAUAUUUAUGCAGACAUGGAUGGCCAGUGUAAAAGAGGUUUAAAAGUUAAAUACAAUGGUAAGAAGAUGUAUGUAGGAACAGGAUAUCUGAAAAUGUUACGAUGUGAUUUAUUCGACAAGGGUGUCCAGCCAAGUGGCAUAGCUGUCGAGACCUUGCUUCCAGGAUCAAGACUUCCUGUUAUAAAUGAAACUUUCUUUAAUAAAGGCGAGGUUUUGCUACAAAAUUUACCAUCAAUAGUAUGUGGGUGGGUUGUCAACGCACAGCCUAAAGAAUAUAUCCUUGAUAUGUGUGCAGCCCCUGGAAACAAAACCACACAUCUAGCAGAAAUGUCUGAUAAUCAAGCAAUUAUUAUAGCUAUAGAUAAGACUGCACAAAAAGUUGACAGGAUUAGAGAAAACUGUGAAAAACAUGAUGUAACAUGUGUACAUGUUUACGCCUUUGACUCAACGAAAUGUUAUUACGAAAAUAGCGAAGGAAUACAAAACGGACCACCAUAUCCAUCUAAUUGCUUCGAUAAAAUACUUUUAGAUGCACCUUGCAGUGGGUUGGGACAAAGACCUCAGUUAGUUAACAAAAUGACUCCCAAAAUGCUGCAAUCAUACAAAUUUGUUCAAAGGAAAUUGAUAAUCACUGCUGCAGAAUUAUUAAAAGUAGGUGGAGUGUUAAUAUAUAGUACUUGUACUGUAACAGAAGAUGAAAACGAAGGUAUGGUUGCGUGGACUCUUGAUAAGAUCCCAUGCUUAAAUCUGAUCCCUGCGGAACCGCUUCUUGGCGGACCUGGUUUACCGAAUUGUGGACUGGACGACAGCCAAAGAGGAAACCGCGUGGAGGUCGAUCGGAGAGGAUGUAUUGUUAGCAAUGGACUUCAAUAGUAGGAGGGUGUAUUUUUAACAAUGAUAGUCCCCUUUGCUAAAAAUUCCUUCUCAUUAUGCUCAUUGUGAUGAAGUCUCUACAUUUUAACAACGAUAGUUUCCAGAAGACACCGAGUGGAGAUCAACCUGACAGGUUACGAGUAUUUUGCUAUCAAAGGGGACAUUACAUCUCAUAACUAAUAUAAUUAUUAUUAAUUUUUUUUAUUAUAUUAUUUUUCACCUAUAUUAUAUUUGUAAUCGUUACACCCAUUUACAGUGUAACAAUUUAUAGAUAGAAGUGUAGCCAGUGCUAUAUGUAAUGUGUAAUAUAAACUAUG